AUGCAUAAAUUCUUUGUUUUGGCUGUUAUUGUUGUUGCUGUAGCUGUCAGUGUUGCGUCUGCCGACAGUGAAGAUGCUCAUGCCGAAAUUGUACGCUUAGUCAAUGAUAUUCAAAAGGAUGGCAAAUACAGUUACAACUAUGAAACAUCAAAUGGUAUAACGGUACAGGAAGAGGGCAUAGCUGGACAAGCUGUCAAAGGUGGUUUUGCCUACCAAUCACCAGAACAUGAGUUGAUUCAGGUUUCUUAUACAGCCGAUGCCAGUGGUUUCCAACCGAUUGGCAGUCAUUUGCCAACACCACCACCAAUACCAUUGGCCAUUUUAAAAUCAUUGGAAUAUUCUCGCACUCAUCAUUAUCAACCGGAGUAUUAA